AUGCCAAAGUUACAGGUCGCGCCUAGCGAUCGCCGCACAAGGUCCCAAGUCCAAGGCCGUCAUCGGCAGACGUGGGUGCGCGGAGAAGCUGGGGAGAGGCUGGUGACGACGGCUGGUACCGUGGUGGCGGGCUCAUCGGAUCCAAGAGGGGAUGAGGACGAUGAAGAUCAAAGUGGAGGUGAAGAAGAUGCAGAAAACGAAGAUGAAGAAGAAGAAGACUAUGACGGUGAAGAUGAAGAUUUGGUGGUGAAACAGGCCGCAGCUGAGGAUGAGGAGGACGAGGGAGAUGAGGGAGAAGAUGAGGACCGAGACGAGGACCAAGAUGAGGACCAAGAAGAAGACCAGGAAGAAGAUGAAGAGAUGGGCAAUGACCGCGACCAAGACAUCGACCCUCCAUCACCUCCCAACAGAAGAUCCAGCAGAAAGAGGACCACAGAGCCUGCGUCACACGAGGACGAACCCCCCUCCAAAAGACCCAGACGCGGCAGAUCUACUCCCGGCGCUGCCUCAUCUUCCCAGCCCCCUCGGACUCGCUGCUCUUCUGCUACGGUUGACAGACCGAGCAAGGACGACAAGGAACCAGAAGCAUCUAGACGACGGUCCAAGGCGCCAUCUCCGCAGCCGGCAAGAGAAGCCGAACCAGCGACGCAGACGGCCGUUCGGGUGGUCAUCUUCCUCAGGGACGAUGACAUACGCGGACCAACCUUUAGCACCAUCAACAGCCACUGCCAGUCAGUCCCCUACUUUAACAGGCAGAACCAGUUUCACGAGCCGGCGUGGACCCUCGGUCUCGCCGGUGUAGAGGCCUCAGACCCCGGUUUGGCAAAAUACAUCCAGCACGGCCACGGCUUUCACCAGUCCAUGGUUACGGCGCUGCACAUUUUGGAAGAGGGCAAGAAGGGCACUCGAGACGAGCAGUUCAACGUCGAGAUCCGAGCCUGGGCGGAUGGUGCAGUCAGCGGGCUGCUCGAGGAGCUGCGAGACAACAGCGAGACGGUCGAUGGUGACCUUGAGCCCCUACCUCGACCUCAACCUCGACCUCAACCAGAGUCUCAACCUCAACCUCAACCAGAGUCUCAACCUCAACCUCAACCAUACACCAUCAUACUAAUCAUUGACACUUCAAUGAACGACCCUACCGAGACGCCCAAGCCAUGCGACGAGUUCGCGGCGCAUCCCAUCCCCAACGUGCGCAUCUACCCCUGCCGCGAGGAGAUGGAAGGAGACAACGGCAAGAUCCACGACAUCUACGCCUUUGAAGAGGCAGCAGCAGCCACCGGCACGGCAGACGCCCGACCCACGACCUGCUUCGGCCUGAGCGGCCACCAGACAUGCGAGCCCGAGGCGUGCCCCCUCCGACACGAGACGGCAACCAUGUACAAGCGCACCUGGAGCGGCUUUGGCAACCACGUCCGCGCCAUCCAGGGCCGUCACCUGCCCCUGACCUGCCUCCCCAUCCCCCGAACCAUAGCGCCGCCGCCCGAGCAGCCAGUCAAGAAGCCGCGCCGGGAGCCGAGGGAGCCGACGCGCCGAAACCCCGUCCGCGACGCGCGCAAGGAGGUCUCGAUGCAGAGCACCAACAUGACGCCGACGCAGCGGCAGAGGUCGACGCCGACCUUCACCGACGCCGACUUCCAGCUGGACCUGCGCGAGACGGACCGGGCCACGACGCGGCGGCAGCGGUGGUUCCACCAGCAGGUGGCGCCGGCGCUGCGGCGCGGCGAGUUCCGCGUGUUUGUCGGCACGCGCCCGGCCGACGCGGGCCUGCGCGGCAGGGAGGGCUACGUGCUGCGCGUGGUGCACACGGCGACGCGCCGCGACGCCGCGCAGUGCCGCGACUACAUCAACGUGCUGGCCGUGUCGGCCGACGACGACGACGACGGCGCCAACGACUGGAUGGGCGCCAGGGUGCGCGACGUCGAGGACUUUGCGCUGGCCACCUUCGAGGCCCUGCGGCGGCGGCACGACAGGGCGUUCGAGAGCUUGGAGGUUGGUUGCCGGCUGGACGUUGGUGUCAAGGAGGCUGUCGACGGCGGCGGCGGCGGGCUGUUUGUCAACGAGCUGACCAGGUGGUAUGGCGCCACCUACUUCUCAAACGACGCCCUGGCCCUGCCCAAGACCAGGAUCUGUGCCCGGUUCGCAAGGGCCUUUGCCGACUGGGUCAGGUCUGGGGGGUUUCGGGAGGCGCAGGAGUGGCCAGAGGAGUAG